AUGUACUACAAGUCCCCCGAGAUUGCGCCGCUGGCGCAGCCGGCCAACCCGCUCGAGGCGACCACGGCGAGGCGACCACCGGAGCGGGGGCACCCACUGGAGGGGGGGCACCCGCCGGCACGGCGAUGCCGAUGGAUGACCUCGCCGGCGAUUGCCAACUUCGCCGCCGCGCUCUUCUAG